AUGGCUACCUCUUCUAUUUCUUAUUCAUACUUGUCUAAAAAAAUUUUAGAUUGCGAAAUCCCAUCUAAAGAAACUUUCAAUACAUUAUCACUAGAUCAACAAAUAGAAAUUUUAAAGUCUUGCUACAAUAUACAAAGAAAAUUACUUAUAAAAAUACUUGAAGAUAAAAAAAAUGAACAAGCAACAAUCGAAAUACCAAAUAUUCAGCCUCCCAAAAGAGAUAAAUCUAAACCAUCAAAAUUGAAAUUAUCAGAACUUUGUCCUUGGUUACCAAAAAAUUAUUUUUCAAAAAUAAAGGCUGAUUUUACACCACAUCUUGAAGAAAAUAAAAUUGCAGAGUCAAUUACAUGGGUACAUUUAGGAUAUUCGGUUAGAGAAAGUUGGGUUUUAGACGUUUAUAAUAAACAUAAGCAUCAGAUUGGUUCUAAUAAAUGGAUCGUUGAAGAAUGUUUAAAACAAAAAUUAAUUGAUAGAGCUGAUAAUUUUAGACGAAGAAACAAAAAAGCAAAAUUUAAAGUUACUAAAUCCAAUAAUCAAGUUACAAAUAGUGAUAAUGAAUUAGAAAUAUUGAACCAAGAUGUUAAUCAAAAUAUUGAACAAGAUAAAGAAGAUGAAUAUUUGUCAGAUCUAGCAUCUAAUGAAAACUUUAAUCAAACUACAAUAGUUAACGAAUGCAGUAAUGAUUCUAGAGAUUAUAUAACACCUACUUUUUCAAGCUAUAAUAAUACUUUUUCUAGCUAUUAUACCGUAUCUGCUUCUAGUAGUGAUAAUGAAACAACUAAUAAUUCUACAUUUCAAAGAAAUAAAGAUAGAAUAAGUAAUCGAACACGACAAAAGUGUGAUACCACUUUUGAAGGAAUUGAACAAAAUUUAGAAAAUCCUGUACCAAGACGAAUUAAAAAAAAGGAUACAUUAUUACCAUUAUCAUCAUUGGAUAAUAAUAUAUUUGCUUCUAAUGAUAUAUUAAAAUCAAAUACACUAAUUAAAGAAAAUGUAGAUAGAGUUAGUAACAGAACACGACAAAAAAAUGAUGCUGAUUUUGAAAAAAAUCCUUUACCAAAACGAGUUCGCAAAGAAGACACAUUAUCACUAUCAGAUAAAAAUAAUGUAAGAAAAGUUCAAAAAGCAAAUACUAGAAGUAAAGCUAUCAAUAAGGCUAGACGGAAUUAA